CGAUUCUAGUGAUAAGUACCAAAAAGUGACAUCGGAUCGGAACUGAUUAGACGGAGACAGUGUCGAAUGACAAACGUUCAACUAUCGUAACCUUGUAAGGCUGGUGUGACCGGCUAGGAAACCGAGCAAACUAUCGCCGAAGCCGACUGCCAAAAUAGGACCGGCACGACGAUGAAGGGCUGGUUCGAUGCGUUCCGCGACGACGGAGCGCCAACGCUUUACUCCUUCUCAAACCGCACACCCGUCACAGGAGAUGUUCCGAUCGUGGCCGUCUGCGUUAUGUUCGCCACCGUCUACCUGGCGUUUCUGGUCAUAUUUCCCGGCGUGAGAAAGCAGAAAUUGACGACAUUCACCACCGUUACAUUAAGCCUUUUUGUUGGACUAGUCAUUUUGGUAAGCCGCCUUGGAUCCGGCUGGCAUGUGGCUCAGUCGACGAUCGUCGCACCGUAUCGUGCGUUUUCCCGGGAAAAGCUGCCCGCCCGCAUCGGAGCACACAUCGGGCUGAUGCACAUCAACAUAACGCUGACCGCGCUCCCCGUUGGCAACUGGACGCCUCCCGAUAUCGACUUCAACGAACGGUUCAGCUGGAACCAUGCGACCGACAUGGGCAACUCCUACCGCGACGCUUUGCAGCGGGGUCUGCCCUACCCGAUUCUGACGGUGGCUGAGUACUUUAGCCUGGGACAGGAAGGCUUCGCCUGGGGCGGUCAGUACCGGGCCGCAGGUUACUUCGCCAGCAUUUUGCUCUGGGCUUCGUUUGCAUCGUGGCUACUGAUGAAUCUCCUACUAGUUGCGGUGCCACGCUACGGUGCCUACACGAUGGCCCUGACUGGAGCGUUGCUGAUAGGCGCCAGCAUUGGUUACAGUGCGAUGCUGCCAAAACGUCCGCUAAUGAUCGUCAUCGAGGGCGCCCGAAUUGACUUCCAUCUCGGAUGGUGUUUCUAUCUAGUGCUCGUCGCAGGAGUUUUAUGCUUUGCGAUAGGCUUGGUUAUUUCUAUUAUUGACCUCGUGUGGCCACAUCGCUUCUCGACCAUUCUAGAGGUGUACUACGACACACCGUACGAUCGGCACGUAAUCCUCGAAGAAUCCCACGACGUUCGGUAUCGCAAGCGAAACAGCAAAGGGCUAGAAGAGCCACCGGGUCUCGGAUCGCGCAUUCUGCGGCGCCUGUCGUCGAAGACACGUGACCAGAACACCGACAAAAUGGGCAUCGAAAAUCGAGGCUUCCAACACGACGUUCCCAAAUCACCGUGGCGCUAUCCCUUCCGACGUGCGCAACAGACUCCGCCGCAGGCCAUUCAGCGGACGGUCUCACAAGACUCGACCUCCAGCAUUGCAUCGGCUGCUGCCAUGUCCCCAUCGCUGCACAAAGUUGCCCUCUCGCGAAUGCUUCCAAAACCGCCAUUGGAACGCACUCGGGAAAUUUCCAACUGGUAAAACCAGGCCAUGGUACAGUCUUAGCAGUCGACGACCGCAGUGAAAGAUGCCACACUACCACAGGCUUCCUGUUUGCGUGAUGAUCUUAUGUGAUCUUAUGUGAUACUUAAGAGUUUAACUGCAAAACGCUGACCACUGGCCGUGCAUUUUAUUAUUCUUUCUUUUAAAAAAGGUACGUUGACCGUCUCUCCGUCCAGGACAAGAAAACAGGUGGCCAUCGUUGAAGUUUUGUAGUUCACUGUCCGUCGUUAGAAACCCUGCUUACUCUAAUCCAUUUCCGGCCAGGUACGGUUUUUGCAACGCAUUUUAGUAAGGGCUACGUAGCAGGGUGUUUUAUUUUUAGGAAACAGUUUUGAGCCGUUCAGCAAUUUAAGUAGUAGAAUGCAGUAACAGCAGCCAAGAAACUACGGCAGUUUGCUCUUUAAUAAGGCGAGGGAAAAGCUGAAUAGCUGACCUGCUUGUAACGGCUGCUACCGCCAAACAACCACUUCGUCUUGUCACUGGCUGUGGGGAUUACUCUUGCUAGUGAGUGUCGACAAAGUCAUCGAAAGAAACAAAACGCACGGCGUCGUAAUAGGUUCACAGCAAAGUGGCAGUGGUACGAUUUUAAGUAAUUUAUUGUUCCUCUUUACCAGUGUUAAGCAAUCGUCGUGAGAUCGUGUAGCGAAGAAAGACGAAGCGCACAGUGCGCCGACAGAAUGUGCAUCAAGGUAUUGUAAAACCACAUGGUUUAGUUUAAGUGAAAAUUGUAAAACCUGACUUAAGGAUAUUCUGCGAAAAGUAUAAUCAAAGGAAAUAAAUGU